AUGAAAUUAUAUCAUCGAUUACAUCUAUAUGAAUAUCGAACUUCAAUUAUUCCAAUUCGUUCAAGAUCACGUUUUCAAUUACUUUAUCUAUUAUUUAGUAUUAAUAUAAUUUUUUUUCUUAUUGUUUAUCAUCGUCUUAUACUUAUAACACCUUCAUCUAUUAAAACAUUAAUUCCAUAUAAUACGAUUGAAAAAAAUGAACAAUUAUCAUCAUCUAUUUGUUAUAUACCACAUUUUGAUCCAUGGGAUCAAACAAUUGCAAAAUCAAUACAUCUUGAACCAUUAUAUAAAUGUCCAAAAAAUAAACAAAAUUUAAUAAAUGUUGUUAAUUAUACACAAUUAUUUAUAAAUCAAACAGUGAAUAGAACAGAUUAUUCUAAUUCAAUAACACAUUGUAUUUAUUUAAAAAUUAAUAGAAAUCCUGAAGAAAAAUAUUUUCGUGAUUGGUCGUAUACAUUAUCGGAACCAAUAUUAAUUAUUAAUGGAAAUACAAAUCCUAUUUUAGAUGUUGAUUUUGUUCUAACACGUUGUUAUAAUAAUCGAACUGGAUUUUUUCAUGGCGAAUAUUUUUGUGGUUAUAAUUGUUCAAAUGAUAAUAAAAUAAAUCAAACUACUAAAAAAUCUUUAUCAAUAAUUAGAAAUAAUAGUCUUGUUUAUGAAUAUGUACAUCCAUUAAUUCGUUUAAAAAAACCAGCAUUUUCUCAUGAUAUUUGGUUAGAAAAAAAAUCUAAUAAUUUUUCAACAUUAUUUUCAUCACAUCAAUCUCCACCAUCUGUAAUUAUGAUUAUACUUGAUGCUGUUAGUAAUCUUCAAGCACAUCGAGCAUUACCACGAACAUUAUCAUAUUUAAAAUCUCUUGGUUUAUAUACAUUUGAACGUCAUGCUAUUGUUGGUGAUGGUACAUUUGAAAAUAUUGUUCCUAUGUUAUUUGGUCGAUCAGCUAAUGAUUUACAAAAUCCAAAUAUAAAUGAUAGUCGAUAUGAAUUUCCGAUAACAGAAAUUGAAAUUGAUCCAAAAACAAAAAAAUCAAAAAUAAUUAAUAAAAUUGUUCAUUAUCCUGGACCAUAUGAUAAUUAUUCAUUUAUAAUAAAAAAUUUUUCACAAUUAAAUUAUACAACAUUUUUUAGUGAAGAAUGGCGUGAAAGUGCUUUUUAUAAUUUAAAAAAUGGUUUUCGUCAAUCACCAACAGAUUUUUAUUUACGUCCAUAUUGGUUAUCAUUAUAUGAAACAUUAUCAUAUAAUAAAUUUUCAGGAAAUUCAAAUCCUAAACCAUGUUAUUUAGAUAAAUUAUUACAUUUUUUAUCAUUAAAUUGGCUUAAACAAUUUUUAAAUGUUUAUCAUCAAACAUCAAAUUAUCCAACAUUUGGUAUAUUAAAAAUAAAUGAAAUGAGUCAUGAUUAUUUAGAAAGACUUUUUUGGAUUGAUAAAGAUUUAGAAAAAUUUUUUCAAGAUUUAUAUCAACAAAAUUUAUUAGAUAAUACAAUAUUUAUACUUUGUGGUGAUCAUGGUCAUAGACAACAUCGUUUAAGACUUACACGUAUUGGAAGUUUUGAAGUUAAAUUACCAUUUUUUUCAAUGCUUUUACCUCAAUCAUUUAAAAAUGAUUUUCCAAAAGCUAUAGAAAAUAUUGAAAAAAAUCAGCAUAGUAAGUAUUUAUUUGAUUAA